GUGUAUCGUUCGCUCAAGUAUGUCUCCGAUAUCGUAGUAAUUCUGCUUCUAUCAGCGUACAAGUUUUUCAAGUUUAUCAACGACAAACCGCCUAAUUCACCUCCAAGCAUUCCUAGAAUUCCGGUAUUGGGAUCUUACGCACUGAUACUAUGGGGUAAUUACUUCUUCCCGUAUAAAACCAUCGAAUAUUAUGCGGAAAAACUAAAAUCGAAAAUCAUCGGCUGUUACUUUGGCAGCAUUUGGGUAGUUGUGGCAAACGAUUAUGCCAGUAUAAAGCAAGUACUUGAGAGAGAUGAGUUCGAUGGUCGAGUCACACAAGUGGAAGUUCUAAAAGCACGAACCUUCGGAAAAGCAGUAGGUAUAUUUUUCUCCGACGGCACGCUUUGGCACGAGCAAAGGAAAUUAGUUCUUCGCAAUGCACGAGAUUUCGGAUUCGGACGACGACAGAAUGCCAUUGAGAAAGAGAUUUCCGACGAGACUGCUCUGCUUAUCGAUAUCUUGAAACACGGGCCUGUCUACGAUGGAGAGAAGGAAGUAAUGAAAGACAACUCGGUGCUUUCUCCGGACAUUCUGUCCCCAACAAUAUACAGUUCUAUCUGGUACGUGUUGUUCGGUCAGAGAUUCUGCAGAAGCGAGCACGACAUUCCACGAUGAAUUUAUCGCAUGGCUUUCCUGUUCCAAAGAUCGCUGGACUCGACAGGCGGUGCGAUCUCUUUCCUACCUAUAUUGAGAUAUUUCGGAAAUAUGUUUGGAUUCAGUGAUAUAAUGAAAGCACAUUAUGCGAUAGUUGACAUUAUCCAGGAAUAUCUCAAGUCCCAGGACGCCAUUCCCGGUGAUGAUGCGGGCGGAGGAUACGUCAACAGGUAUCUCAACAUCUUGAAUAAGGAAGAUAAAUCGCAGACUUUCUCCAAGCAACAACUGAUCAUGAUGUUGGUCGAUACAUUGAUCGCCACGGGCUCUACAAUUCCCACCGUUAUUACUCAGAUCUUCAAAUACCUGAUACAUCAUCCCCGGAUUCUGAAGAAAGCCCAGGAUGAAAUAGAUCGAGUCGUUGGGACCGGACGUUUGGUUACAUGGGAUGAUAGAAAGAACUUGCUUUAUGUGGAAGCGGUGAUCCGAGAAGUGAUGAGAAUAUCGUCAUCCUUGCCGUUUAGCGUAUUCCACAGAGCCGUCAAGGAUACUACUCUGGGAGGGUACACGAUACCGGCUGAUACGCCAAUUGUUACCAACUUGGCGGCGAUGCAUCACAACCCUGACUUGUGGGGUGAUCCCGACAACUUCAGACCAGAGAGAUUCAUUGACGAGGACGGCGCAUUGAUCAAGGAUAUGUCAUUACCUUUCGGUCUCGGUCAUCGAGUUUGUCCGGGAGAAACUUACAGCAGAUAUUAUGUCUUCGGUUUGACGUCCGCCUUGCUUCAAACGUUCAAUUUCUUUGCAGUCGAGGGCGAACCGUCGAAACCUGGAGACGACUUGCCGGGUCUUUUGAUAACCCCUAAGGAAUGUUGGCUACGCUAUGAAUCGCGUUAAUGUGCCUCAAUGGUUGAUAUUCACUGAAACGAAACACCAUCCGAUCAUCAUGACUCUGAUAUAUAUUGCAUCAAGAUCAUCGUCCCAAGCGGCAUAUAAAACGUUCGAGCCAUUGCUCGUUGUUUGUUGAUGAAAGAAGAAUACUGACGAAA